AUGUCCAGUCGAGCCAUGAAAAAACUACUCCGCGACUCAAACGGGCCUACGCCACUGAAGGACCGCGACCAGCAUAACGCCACGACGGAGCUCCGCCCAGAAAACAAAGAGAACGAGGAACAGGAUGCCAACGAAAACGGCAGUGAGGAAGAGGACGACUACAUUGCCGAGAGGCCCUCUGCAAGGAAUCUCUUUGCUCUGCUGGACGAGGAUGAUCAGGAAGACGAUUCCGAGCCCGACGAAGAGGACAAGGAGCCAACAAAUAUCAUUCCAGUCGCGACCUCCAACAAAAAGAAGAAGAAUAAGAAAAAGAAAUCUGGAGCAAGCGCCGCUGUAGCCAACCCUUUUGAUGCCCUCAAGGAUGACAAGAAUGAUACAACAACAGCAGAUACUGUAGAUUCGACACCGAUCUCAGAACAGGCCGACGACUCAACAGCAACUGCCAAGACAAAAAAGAACAAAAGGAAACAGAAAGGCAAAGCUGUUGCCAAAUCCCUGGAGGAGAUGAGCGUCGAGGAGUUCGAGAGGAGCCUUCAACAAAUGAAUCAAAAGCUUGGAGAUAUGUCGUCUGCUGGCGGAUCGUCUCAGAAAUCAACUGUCACUCCCUUGAAACAGCUUCUAGCAGUCGAUACCCGGUUCCUGGAUGCGGAUGCGGAGAUGAAAAAGAUGUUUGGCGCCCGAGUUGUCAACUCUGAGAUCAAGGAUCGCCGAUACGCCAAGGUCACGAAGAAGGCGCUGCUGGCUCAGCCCAGAAAUACUUGGCCUGUUCGCAAGGCUUCAGGCCUGAGCAUGGAGAUCGUUGAGAUGGACGAGAAGGAGAACGUGACAACCUUCAAAAUUGUACACUCGGAGUACUAUCAACGGACACAGCUCAAGUUCUUGGCUGCCGUCGCGUCCUAUGAUCCCGGGAAUUUGGUGGCGCUUCUUCGGGAGAGUCCGUUUCAUAUCGAUAGUUUAUUGCAGCUUUCUGAAGUCAGCAAGCACAAUGGCGAUAACAGUCUUGCGGGCGAAUUUAUUGAGCAAGCUCUUUAUGCCUUUGAAAAGAGCUUCCACAGUUUGUUCAACAUUGCCUCUGGCGCUGUGCGCUUGAACUUUAUGGAGGUUGAGAAUCGAUCUUUCUUCCUCGCCAUUCAUCGACACAUCCAGUUCCUGGGCCGACGAGGCUGCUGGAGAACAGCGUUUGAGUUCAACAGGUUGUUGCUCAGCCUGGAUCCCAAGAAUGACCCAUUGGGUGCCUUACUCUCGAUUGACUUUUACGCUCUGAAGGCGCAGGAAUACGUCUAUCUCACAAAACUGUACGAACGCAUGGAGGUGGAUCAUGGACUGAACCGCAUGCCCAACUUUCUGUACUCAAUUGCGAUGGCCUACUUUCACCUGGAGACAGCCCAGGGCGACAACAAACACGAGCAGAGCUCAAGGAUGCUGCAGAGGGCCAUCCUCAUGUUCCCAACCGCGGUCCCACUAUUGGCGGAGCAGGGCAACUUUAGCGUAGAUAACGAGAUAGCAGGCGAGGCAGCAUUUUACCCGGCAGCAGAUCUCCCUAAAGUCCUCGAUCUCUAUGUGCAUCUCUUUGUGUUGAGGAACUUUGCAUUGUGGAAGGAACCAGAGGUCAUUGCGUGGCUCAAGUCGAAUGUGCAGGUGUGUGUUCAGUCGCGAUUCAAGAACCAGAGCGAUUCGGACGUCAAGGAUGCCAAGGCCCUCCUUACAGAAUUCACGAGUGCCGCUGCUUCAAAGAGUCCCGUUUUGAGCUAUGGACCCGACGGAACGCUAGAGUCCGAUGAUUAUUCAUCCUCAUCAAUGGAAUCCAACAAAGUCUCGCUUAGAGUAUGUCGCCAUGUCCUUGUCUCGGAAUAUAACUCUUUGGCUCGGUUCUUGCCUCAGGAGAUUGUCACGGCGACAAUGCAUAUGCACGAUCCUUUGCCUCCUCCAGGAUCCCGGAAUGUGUAUGAGGAGCGGUUUGAAGCCCAGAGGGGUGCAGGUGGAUUGUUUGGCGAGGCCCGGGAUGCGGCACAGAGUGUCCUGGAAGAAGUGGUCCGCAGACUUCGAGCAGGCGGUUUGGGUGGUCUUGGUGGUGGUGGCGGCGCUGGUGGCGCUGGUGGCGCUGAGGCGGGAGAGUUACAGGAGGCUCAAUUGAGACAGAUCGCGGAGGCAGUUCAGAUGCUAAGGCAGGGGCAUGCACCGCCUGGUGCCUUGCCAGGUGCCUUGCCGGGCGCCUUUCCUGGCCAGCGGGCACCGGCACCGGCAGGCGAUCGUCCUGAAGGUAUAGCAGCGAUGGCUGCUGCUGGUGGGCCAGACGGCGCAGAAGGGCAGCAUGGGGCAGCACUGGGAGCUGAGGUGGAGGAGAGUCUGGCGGUGGAGACGGCAGGAAAUGCAUCGAUGUUCCAGUCGUUGAGUGAUAUGAUGCGUCUGCUUGGAUUUGGAGCCAGAGGUGGAGCUGGAGCCGAAGGCGCUGAUGCAGCAGAUGGUGGGGAUGGUCGAGCGCUGACUCAGGAAGAGCAGGAUGAACUCAUGGCUGCGGUUGUGAACAAUUUUCCAUAUCCUGAUGGUGCGGAGGAGGGUGAAGGAGAAGAGGAGGACUACACGGACGAGGAGGAUCAACCCUUUGGAUCGGACGGAGACGAUGGCUGGGAGCCCUAUGAUCCUGCAGCAUAUGAAUAG